AUGGAAGCAGCACUAAGAGUUAUCGAAGAGUGGGGGCGAUCUAAAUCCAGAAUCACACACCUCAUAUUCUCUCCGCUUGCUGGCAUAGAUAUGCCAGGAGCAGAUUAUCAACUUAUCAUGCUCCUUGGCUGUACUAUUGGUGCUGAACCUGAUGUGUCAGUUGAACCACCAUUGUUCCAAAUUUUAUCUGCGUCACAGACAAUCAUUCCCGACUCAAAUGAUGGAAUCGAAGGACACCUACGUGAAAUGGGUCUAACUGUUCAAUUUUCAAGGAAUGUGACCGAGUUGAUCUCUCGAAAUAUUGGAAAGUGCUUGGUGGAAGCAUUUGGCCCAAUUGCAACUAGGCAUGGGCGAAACGGGAAUGGAAACAUGGGUGGUCCAACUGUGUUUUUCAUUCUGGAAGAGGUUAGGAGAAGGUUUUCAGGGGAAAAAAAGACCACUAUCGGUAAAGGGAUGGAGUGGGGUGUGUUGAUUGGAUUAGGGGCAGGUGUCACCUUGGAUGCAGUUGUGAUGUACAGUGUUCCUGUAGCUGAAGGCCACUCAGUCUUGUCUAAUGCUUCGUGCUCAUACAUGGUGUCGCUUGGAAAACUUCAAGCGAAGAAGAAGCAGGUUGACGGCCUGCUGAUGGAUUCAGUUGAGACAGUCCGAGAGGCCAAACGAACUCUAGACCCAGCUACAAUUCUAGCUAUUCGCACAACAAAUCCAGCCAAUUGCAUAUUCCAGGCUGACUACCCUGAUUAUUAUUUCCGUGUCACAGAGCGAGCACAUGACUGA